GGCCGCAUACAAGUAGAGACACGACCCAGUGCCGUCACGGUGGCGGCUCCUCGUGCUAGAGUCACAAACCGGUGUCAGGACUGCACAAUGCCGUUCAAGCUGGGAAGCUGGCGGAGACGCAGCGGGCAGGUCGAAGUGCAAGUGGCCGCCGCCACACUUGCAGAGGAUGCUCCAGCCACGACGACUCUGGAUGGCCGGCUGCGGGCCAGCCACCUGUGGCGUCGUCGGUCCCAGGCGCGGCGGGGCGUACUCCCCAGGGCCAAAGCAUCACUGCCCGAGCCCGCGCUCAACGUCAGCUCCGUCGUGCCUGCUCUUGCCAGCUCAAGCUCAGCGCGGCUGCUGGCUGCUGCUGCUGCUGCCCCACCGCCGCUUCAGGACCACCAUCACCAUCAGCGCUCUCCAUCGUCACCACCAUUGGCACAGACUACCAUAUCCAACGAGCCAGCCGAGCACAUUACCACCGCUACACCCGUACAUACACCUCCCAGGAUACCCGAAGAGACACCUGUACCAACGUCCUACCCAAUCCGCACCGGGUCUACCGCCAGUAGCACAGCGACGGACGUCGCCAUUGACCUGUCGUCACAGCUGCAGUCGCCGCCGCCGCCGCCGGAUUCCCUUCCUCCCAACCGACAACACAACCCACUACCACAGACAAUACGCCCUCCUGCCACCAUGGCCGACCGCACUCUCCAGACAGUGCUCAAGCAGCUGCAAUCGAAUCCCAACCUGCCAUACCCCGAAGCCUCGUCGCUGCUCUCCAAGGCCAAGAUCGCCCUUCUUCAGCUCAACGCCCUCACACCAACACCAAAGACCCCCGGCAACCUCCUCGCCGCGGCCCGCGACGUCUACGAGGCCGGUGCGCUCUUCAGCAUCCGCGCCAAGGACGCCGACGCCUUCACUCGCUAUGUCUCGCAACUCCAGCCUUUCUACGAGCUGCCCCCUAGCAGCGGCGCCAAGCCCAACGAUGUCGAGCGCAACAAGGUCACCGGGCUCUACCUCUUGCUCCUCCUGACGCAGGGUCGCUACGGUGAGUUUCACAGCGAGCUUGAGAGCUUGAGCUGUCGAGAGCCCGGCGUCGAGAUCGAGAACGACCGGUUCCUGGGAUACCCGAUCAAGCUGGAGCGAUGGCUCAUGGAGGGCAGCUACGACCGGGUAUGGAAGGCCAUGAAGAGUCGCGAGGUGCCGUGUGAAGAGUACGGUGUCUUCUUCGAGAUUCUCACAUCCCAAAUCCGAUCCGAGAUCGCGUCAAGUAGCGAGCGCGCAUACCCGUCCCUACCACUCAGCAGCACCAAGUCCCUGCUGUUCCUCGAGUCUGAAGGUGCAGUGGUCGAGUUCGCGCGGCAAAGAGGCUGGGCCGUGCGCGACGGCCAGAUCUACUUCCCCUCGUCCUCUGUCGAGGGCGAGGAUGGCGAGGAGAAGGACAUCAGCCAGAUGGUCAUCGAGAACACCUUAGGCUACGCUCGGGAGCUCGAGACCAUUGUGUAGAUGGCUGCCCUCUUCGACACAAGAGCGAAGGCGUAUGGCAUUGUCUGUGGAGGCAAGAAUAGUCGCCGGGUGUGGUGGACGACAGGAAAAAAUGUAUAAAAGCCAUGGGAACUCAGUCUGGACGAGACAAGAUAGACUUGCAACGACUAGAGCACCAUGCACAACACACUGUCUGCCCUUCGCCUCUUUUUGGAACAUAGCAAUGGGCACAUCUUGUACCUGAUGCAUCUUGAAAAUCUGCUGUCGCCAGCCGGCGUUUAUCUGUCCUUUGUCCCCCAGAGUUGUGCAUUGCUACGUCGCCCGCCUGCAUAUUCAAUUUCAAGCGCAUUCAGCCCCAUCACCACC